UUUACAUAGAAAGCAACAAACAACAAAAGACACCAUUCAUUCAUGUUGAGGAAUUUCGACUUACAAACAUACACAUGUAUAUCUAACUGCGACGAUUAUGGACUCGCAUAUUAUACAUAUACAAACAUACAUAUAGAUUCGUUGUACGUGUUGCGACAAGUGUCCUUAACAUAAAGUCAAUGAAUGUAAGUAUUUAUAAUACGUAAGCAUCUCGGUUACUCAAUUCAUUCGACAAUAAGUAUCCAAAAGGAUAACACUCAACACCGAACGAAGCCAACCAAAAAAUAAACGAAGUAACAAUCAUAUAUUCCUAGAAUAAAAGGGAUAGAUAAUAAGAAAGUGUUGAAAAAUACAAAAUAAAGUGAAAUAUAAAUUUGAAAUACAUAAAACCAUUGCCACCUGUUGAUUGAUGAGCAUGAAAAUGAAGGGUAAAAGUCAUUACAUGCUUUUACUGCAACUACUGGUGAUGUUGGCCACAACAACAAACUGUUGGGGUCAACGUUCACCCUUUUCCCUACAAGCCGCUGUUGAUGAACUACAUCGUCAAGAAUAUCCCUUGAAUGCCCCGCCUGUUCAGCAGUCGCAUUUUAUGGCUGGAGCUUUUGGCAGCUCCCCUGAUCAAGACUACUGGGAGGAAGACGCGGCAUACACUUACAACUCGAAAAAACCACGAAAUCGUUUAAAUAAACAACUCGCCAAAUAUUUGGAACGUGAAGCGUAUGACGCUGAUCAUGGCGGUUUGUCACUAGGACCUUUUGGUGGUUACGAAUUCGAUGAGGAUAGUAAUAAACUAAUCAUUCCAAAAUAUCAGGAUGAUCGUAAACGUUCUUCUGUAUUUAGGGAACGUAGUAAUAUUUAUGAUGAUAUGCCUGCUUCACUAUUUCGCGAACGUGAAACACAAGAUAUGCCCGAUCACUCGGAAUUAACAGAUCAGUUUUUGCGUGAAAUUGAAAAGGCUCAAGAGCAUGAACGUCAAGAUCGUUAUAAAGAUGCUUUGCGUAAUCUUUGGGAAAAAUAUCAACAACAGGAGAAUCAAAUAGAGGGUGAUAUCUAUGAGGAACAGAAGAAACGUAUGCGUAUGCCUCCUUAUUAUAUGUUAAUGCAAAGAAAACGUUCUUAUCCAGUAUUGCCUUGGUUGCCAUAUAAUGCUGAUCGUAAGAAACGUUUUCCCGUUUCAAAACGUUCCACCACACACAUGAACAACGAUAGUCCAGCUUUAAGUAAUUUGGAGAAAACUGAUGAAAAUGUCGAAAAAGAAUUAAGUGAAUUAUUUGGCAGUGCUACAGAUGAAAAGAAAAAGAGAUCAAUUGAUAGCAGCCACUCUAAAGCAAGCACCACACAUGCUCCCGAAUCGGAGACUGCCACCACAACUGAUAUGCGUUUAGAAGUGGGAAAUUCUCCUAAAAAUAACAAUACAGAAGAAAAUGUAAAACGAUCAGCAGUUAAUACCCAACACGAGGCAGAUCAUCAUCAACAUGCUGGACACAGCUUAAAAGAACAUAAACAUGGUAAACGUAGUAAUCACGGAACAUCACACGAAAGCCAUGAAGACGAGGGAGAAGAAGAGGAAGAAGAUUCCGAUGAGGAACACGACAGCGAUGAGGAGGAAGAAGAACAUGAGCAUGAACACGAUCACGAAGAACAUGAAGAUGAUGAGGAGGAAGCAAAACGUAAAAAGAAACGUAAUGCCACCACCUCCAAAAAGAAGCGUAAUGUAGAGACUUUAAGGCGUACCAUAGAUGACUUUAAUAUAAUGCGCAGUAAGAAGUCUAUCGAUUGGAGUAAAUAUUUUGGACUCGAUCGUAAAAAGAAAGCAAUGCCUGUGGUGAAUGACAAUAAAGAUGAUGAAAUGAAAAAGAGAAAUACAGAUGAAGAUACUUCCGUGGAAGAUAUUAAUAAGAAGAAAAAACGUAAAUUGGAUCCUGCCAAAUUGGACAACAUGAAUAAAAAGUUGCAAGCAAUUGAAGAUUUUAUUAUAAAUGAAACCAUUAAAUAUACCGGAGCACAUGAAGGUAUUGAUAACCCCGAAGAGAUACAACGUCUUAAGGAUCGUGUGCUGUCACGACUUGCUACCGCCUAUAGUUUGGAGAAAAUGCGACGAGCUUUGGAAAAGUUGCGUCAAUCUGUAGACAAUGAAAAUCAUUUAAUGCGCAACAUUAUCGAUCCUGAUGCGGAUAACUCUCUGGAGAAUAAUUCUCUAGAAGCCGUAAAGAAAGAUAAGUCUCCUGCUAAAGCGCAAAGUUUAAAAAGUGAAGACACAGAAGAGGAUGCCAUGAAAAAGAAAAUGAAAAAGAGCAAUGGUUUUAUGCGUUAUCCCGAUGUGGCAAAUGAAUUUGGAGAAUUUGAAGAUACUCUACAGAGUCCCAAUCGUUAUGAGACCCUAAAUGAUGCCUAUUUGGGUAAUAAGAACUAUAUAUUGGGCACCAAUCAGUGUCCCAUAAUUGAGUCUAUGGCUGAACGUUGCCGUGGUGUGGAUCUCUUAAGUGGUGAUGUAAACCAAGAACUAUUACCUCUUUGUGGAGUUCAUCAGCUUUGUUAUUUAUGUGGUACUUCGCAAAUUGCUUGUGAUUAUCAGUACCUAUCGGAAGCCGAUGCAGUAUGCGGUAAUAAUAACAACGAAUGUCAGGCUGCUGCUAGAUCUGUUUUAAUGAUUUUACGUGGUACUCCCGGACCACAAUUGGGACCACGUGAAUGCAUUAAAAAUUCCUGUUUAUAUAGCGCAAUGCGUGAAAUCGGUCUCUAAACUUAAAAACAUAAGCCUCCCCAAGCAGGUUGUUGUUUUUAUGUUUUUUGCCCAAAAUAAUAAUUUUCAUAAAAUCUCAGUGUAUCUUUUAGAUUUAAGUACAAGAGGAAAAGGAAGAAAGCUUAAAAAAGCAACAUUUAAAGGAGAUCAAACUUAUAUAUAUACACACACAUAUAGUAACUAUAUUAAAAAAUAAUAAAUCAAAAUAAUAUUUAAUAAAUUUAAUAAUAAUAAUGAUCAUAAUUUAACAUAUACUCUUAAAAACUGCAUGUAAUUUAUAAAUCCCCUACAAAACUCAAACCUUUUUCCCAAAAACCUCUCCCAAUAAACCAAAUACAUACUAUAUACAUGUUAUUUAUAUUUUAAUGUAAUUAAUUAUUACUUUAUAUUAAAAAAUA